CUGGCGUUUUUUAGGUUGACUACUUUCAAGGUCAACCGCUGCGUUUAACGCCGUUUGAAGUUUUAUGUGAACCGUCAAUUUAUUCGCAUUACCUGCAGCUUUGUUAACAAUCAUUGAAAACUAUAUAUAUGACCAAUAGUAUGGACUGUAAGCAAAUGGCGGAGGUUUUGGAAGUUAAUGGAGAUGACAUAGUCACUCCAUGGGAAGUUUCGACAAGUUCAAGCGGCGGUGUAGAUUACGACAAACUAAUCAUUCGUUUUGGAUGUUCAAAAAUCGACAGUGAUUUACUUCAAAGGCUUUCAAACCUUUCUUCUAAGCCUCUACAUCACUUAUUAAAACGUCAGAUAUUUUUUUCCCACAGGGAUUUGGAGCAAAUUAUCUUACGAAUCGAACAAAAAAAGCCAUUCUUUUUAUAUACUGGAAGAGGCCCAUCAUCAGAAGCCCUACAUCUUGGACAUGUCAUUCCAUUCAUAAUAAAUAAAUGGUUUCAGGAUGCAUUUGAUGUUCCUCUUGUAAUCCAGUUAACUGAUGAUGAGAAAUUUCUGUGGAAGAACUUAUCCAUUGCAGAAGUUAGACAUUUAACUCGUGAAAACGCAAAGGAUAUUAUUGCGAUGGGUUUUGAUCCCAAAAAAACAUUUAUUUUCAGCAAUUUUGAAUACAUGGGAACAUGCCCAGAUUUUUAUCGUACCAUCUGUCAAAUACAACGCUUGGUUACUUACAAUCAGGCUCGUGCGAUUUUUGGUUUCAAUGACAGUGACUGUAUUGGAAAAAUAUCUUUUCCAGCUAUCCAAGCAGCUCCUUCGUUUGCUCAAUCGUUUCCAACUGUCUUUGCAAAUCUUAAAAAACCAGAGGAUGUCGGUUGUUUAAUUCCGUGUGCUAUUGAUCAAGAUCCAUAUUUCAGAAUGACUCGAGACGUUGCCCCACGCCUUGGACUACCUAAACCAUCUCUCUUAUAUUCAGUUUUCUUUCCUGCCUUACAAGGAAACCAAACGAAAAUGAGUGCAAGCAGUCCAAACACAUCGGUAUUUCUAACAGAUACACCAAAGCAAAUUAAAAAUAAAAUCAAUAAGUAUGCUUACUCUGGUGGCGGUGACACAAUCGCUGAACAUAGAGAAUAUGGUGGAAAUUGUGAUAUUGAUAUAUCAUAUCAGUAUUUGAGGUUCUUUUUGGAAGACGAUCAAAAACUAGAACAAAUACGUCAGGAUUAUUCUAGUGGUAAAUUAUUGACAGGUGAAAUCAAAAAGGAGCUUAUCACAUUAUUAAUUGAGUUUGUUACAGAACACCAAAGAAGGCGAGCUGCGAUUACAGAUGAAGUUCUCGAGGAAUUUAUGACUCCUCAUCCACUGCAUCUUCCAUUUACUUAAAUCCUGAACUAAUUUGAAUUGUACACACUAACCUAGGCAAUUUUUGUACAUAAAUUUAUGGGAAGU